AUGCAACACCUGUUUGGAAGGCUCCGCAGCCGCUCGAGGUCUGCCUCGUUAAAGCAACGGAAGCCUCAGGAUGGAGCUUCCGAGGCACGGAAGCCGAGCCGUAGAUACAAUAGGCUACCAGCAAUCACGCCGAAUGAAGCGGAGCGCGCUACUUAUCCGACCCCAGCCGUUGGCACCCACGGCCUCCAUCAGCUUAACGAUCCAGAUACAUGGGUAUCCGAUUCCGCCAAACAAUAUGAACUCGACGUUAUCGCUAUGCAUGGACUGAACGGUGACAUCUACAGAACAUGGACGAAAUCAGGCAAUUACUGGCUGCAGGACCAAUUACCCAAAUCGCUUCCCGGCGCGCGGAUCUUCUCAUACGGCUACCCCUCAAAUCUUAUGUUUUCGAAGUCAGUGGCUGAGAUUGACGACUUCGCGAGGCAUUUGCUCAUCAGCCUGCAAGAAAUCGUUGAUACUAUGAGCUUUGCAUACAAUGAGAAUCCAGAUAUCUGGCUUCGAUGCAAGGGCGUCAUAUUCCUUGGCACGCCACAUCGCGGAAGCGCUACGGCAGAAAUAGCAAAAACCGUGGCUAACUUUGUCAAUAAACCGUCUACAUAUCUGGGUGUCGGACUUUUCGCCGGCGAUAUCAGGACAGAUUUGUUGGAAGAUUUGGCUUACGAUUCCCCGAAGCUGACUAGUAUUUCCAAGACCUUCCAAGAGAGAGCUGCGGUUCUAAUGAUAUACUCUUUUUAUGAGAGUGAAAAGAUCUCAGGACAAGUAAUAGUAAAUCGUUCAUCUGCCAUCUUAAACGUGCCUCAUGGUAAAUACGCUCCUCUUUACGCUGAUCAUCGAGACCUUUGCCGUUUUGAGAAUGCCGAAUCGGACAAUUAUAAGAAGGUGCUCAGAGCAAUAUUGGAAAUGGCGGACGAGAUAAGGAAACAAAAGAGUCAAAAACCAAUGUCAACUGCGGCUUCCGACAAGUGUAAGGCUGAAUCCAAGAAUUCUCGCGAUACCUUUUUAGCUAAAAUGGAGAUAGCACUUGAUGAUCUUGAAAGAGCUUGCAUGGAACAGCUCAAUAUCAUAGACAUUGCCACGGCCCACCAGGCGCAUCUCGAGAUUUUUGUCCACGGUACUCUACAGUGGCUGGCUAGUAAUAACCAGUAUUCCGCCUGGGCGUCAGCUACCAAGGCCUCAUUGCUUUGGGUAACUGGUCCGCCUGGUUGCGGCAAAACUAUCCUGUCAUCAUACGUUUCGGAAAUUUUGUCGGGAGAGGCGAUGGGCUCGUCCAUUGCAUGUCACUUUUUCUGCGAUACUAGAAUAAAAGAACGCCAGGACCCUAUUAUCAUGCUUCGGAGCAUUAUAUACCAGAUAGUAAUACGCAGGCGUCGACUGCUGAAACUUGUGCGGAAGGCCCGAAGCCUCAAAGGACCACAGAUUUUCCAACAGCUGAGUGGGCUGUGGGAGCUGCUUCUGGAUUUACUAAAGACCGAGAAGCAGAAACAGAUAAUUAUCGUUAUUGACGCAAUUGAUGAAUGCGAUGAACUAACCCAGCUCAUGUUCGUAAAUCGGAUCACGAAAUUUGUGCAACAAGCAGGCGAUUCUCCAACCAAAUUUUUUAUCACCAGCCGUCCCCAAACUUCAGCCUACUUUAGGCUCCCGUCCGAUGAAAACAUAUACCCUCGCUUGGAUCUUGAAGGCCUCCAAGAGAUGAUCGGUCAAGACGUUUUACGAGUCAUUCAACACAGGUUGGGUUUAUUGGUUCAAAGGAAUAGCUGCACUGAGGAUUUAAGAACUCGUUUGGAACUUUCACUAGCUUCAAAAGCAGAGAAAACUUUCUUAUGGGUAUCAUUGGUGCUCUCAUCCUUGGAAAGCAAGCCGUUUCUUGGCCCAGCCGAUGUUCGGAUGCUCCAGAAAUUGCCUCCCAGCGCCUCCAUGUUGUACAGGCAGUAUCUGGAGUCCAUCCCAGCAACUAGUCGCAAAACAGUCGGGCAACUGCUUCGCGUUAUCGUCUGCAGCGGUAGGGCAUUGAGAAUUGGAGAGAUAAAUCUUCUGGUUAACCAUUCUGUCGAACCAGGGGCAGAACUUGAACACCCUAUCUACACAGAUGGGGCUAUCGCACGCCUUCUGUACCCUUUCAUCCGAGUCUCUGGCGACUAUUUGGCCCCAAUCCACCAAUCUAUCAUAGAGUUUCUUCUCGAUCUUGAUACCAAAGAAAACGACGAUCUUGCUAAAGCUUUCGGUGUCAGCAUUCGUCGGGAUAGCAUUUUCAUUGCCGGCGCUUGUAUGAGAUACCUUCUCUCUGAUACCUUUUCUUCGGAUCUCUUCGCAUAUCCGGAGGGUGAUUUAGAGGAUGAGUACGAUCAGGACAUCGAAUCUUCCGUUGAAGGUCUAUCAAGCUCCAUUUAUAACUGGCUUGGGGAGGUAAGCGAGGACCUUGGUUUCGACAACUUCCAAAGCCGACUGCUAUCUGCUGGGGGAAUGGCGAGUGAUGAAGAACGCUGCAAACGUAUUGCUCAAGAAUACGGCCUCUACGACUACGCAUCGAAAUUCUGGACAGGUUUAUUUGGCCAAAACAACGAUUUUCAUGAAGACGAAGAUGAGCUCCACAGUAUGGCUAUCCGGUUACUUGAUGAUUCCAACAUUCAAACAACCAACUGGCUACGUUACUAUUGGGCUCUCACAAACGGUGCCGAUGAUGCUCGCCCGGAGACCUUGAGUCCCCUAGUCCUCGCAGGCUAUUUUGGCCACUUCACAAUAUUGCAGCAUCUAUCGAAGCAGAGACACAGCGGCGGAGAAGUCGGUGAGGCUAUUCAUUGGGCCUCAAGGCAAGGGAAUUCAUCUUGUUUGAAAGUAUUCCUGAAGGAAUAUCUCGAUCAAAUCUCCAACGAGCCUGGUAUUUGCAGCUUGGAGGGAUUAUCACCUUUGGCAGCAGCCGCUAAAUGCGGCCACUUAGAAUGUGCUGAGGCUCUGCUAGACCAAAGAAUUUUUGAUGUCAACACAAAAAACAAAGAUGGGCAAACAGCUCUCUCGCUGGCUGUUACUCACGACCAUGGGGAGAUAGUUGCAUUAUUACUCAAACAACAGGAAAUUGAUCCAAACCUCCCGGACAGCAGCGGCUACACACCUUUGUUCUGGACGACGGCUUGCAAUUCUCAGAGUAUUCUAUCAAUGUUGCUAAAGGACAAGCGAGUUGACCCUUGCCGUCUCGAUAGAAGUGGACGUAACCCUCUAUCAUGGGCAGCAGAAGAAGGGCAAAUCGCUCUUGUAGAACAAAUGAUAAUCGACGGUCGUAUGGACUUGAACAACCAGGAUUACAGCGGCAGGACACCGCUUUUAUGGGCAGUGCUUAAUAUGAACCUGUCUAUCGUAAAAUUACUAAUAGAAAGCAGGAGAGUGGACGUAUCGGUGCGGGACAAAACCGGACGCAAUGCUAUCUCGUGGGCAGCAGAACGAAGGGACAGAUCCCUGAUACACUAUCUUAUCAAGAAGUGCCCAAAUGAAGUCGACGCCGCAGACGACCAGGGUUGGACGCCGUUGGCGUGGGCUUUAAACCCCCCAGGCUACCUUGAUAAUGCUUUGCUCCUCCUUCAGAGUGGUCGGGUGGACAUAAACUUCAGAGACAUAACGGGUCGCUCACCCUUGUCAUUUGCUGUGGGCUGGGGUUAUGUUAGGAUAGCUGAAACGUUUCUACGUUUCCCAGGAAUUGACCCAAAUUGCGUUGACAGCGAGGGCAACACGCCCAUUUUCGAAGCAGUGAGAGACAACAAUGUGGAAAUGGUGAAAGUGUUGCUUAGCACGGAGAGGGUUGAUGUCAAUUUCAGAGGCAAAGGUGGAAAAACGCCUUUGGCUGUUGCAGCGGCCGCAGGAAAGCUUGAUAUCAUCAAGCUGCUCCUUUCGGUGGAUGGUAUUGAUAGUACGGGCCUAAUUCAGGAGCAUAACCACAAUUUUCUGAAUUCUGAACAUUCUUCGGCCUAA